GAUUUCAAAAGGAAAACUCGGGGAAAGCAAUAGUGUUUUCGUGUUUUUGUGACUAUUUAUUUCAGUGAUAAACAGAUAUCAUAUACGAAAGUAUUGUGAUUUUAAAGAAGUCUUGCGUGCGUGAACAUAUCGCAGCUUCAUCUUUUUGUGAUACUGUUUAAGUGUAUCUGUAAAAACGGCCACUGAAAAGCUUAGUACUUCUGAUCAGCCGAACUACAACACAAUGUAUCAAAACCAAGGUUAUCCGCAAGGUGGAUACCCUCAAGGCGGCUACCCCCAAGGUGGUUACCCUCCUCAGGGUGGUUACCCCCCACAAGGUGGUUACCCUCCUCAGGGUGGCUACCCUCCUCAAGGUGGCUAUCCCCAAGGCGGUUACGCGCCGCCACCGCAACCGGGCUUUCAACCAGCCGGCUAUGGAGGUGCAGGUUAUGGUGAACCACCAGGCUACGUUCCACCUGGCGUCGGCGAGGAUGGUGAAGUCAAAGGCUUCGACUUCAGCGAGAAGUCAAUCAGACGAUCAUUCAUCAGAAAGGUGUAUUCCAUCCUCAUGUGUCAGCUGCUGGUGACUCUAGGAUUCAUAUGUUUGUUUGUAUACCACCAACCGACCAAGAUAUGGGUGUCAAGAAACCACUUCCUCUUUUACAUCGCGCUGGUGGUAGUGUUCGUGUGCCUGAUAGCGAUGGCGUGUUGCGAGAACGUUCGACGCACGUCGCCGAUGAACUUCAUAUUCCUGGCGAUAUUCACCGUUGCGCAGAGUUUUAUGCUCGGCGUCACAGCCAGCAUCUAUAACAGCGACGCGGUGUUGAUGGCUAUCGGUAUAACGAUGGCUGUAUGCUUGGCCAUAACAUUGUUCGCGUUCCAAACUAAAUGGGACUUCACCACCAUGGGCGGAGUACUAGUGUGUGUUCUAGUCGUGUUCAUGCUGUUCGGUCUGAUCGCUAUCUUCUUGCCGCGCUCUCGUAUCUUGACGUUAGUGUACGCAUCGAUCGGCGUGUUGCUGUUCUCCUUCUACCUGAUAUACGAUACACAGCUCAUGAUGGGGGGCAAACAUAAAUACUCGAUCUCACCCGAGGAGUACAUAUUCGCCGCCCUCAACCUGUAUCUAGACAUCAUCAACAUAUUCUUAUACAUUCUCACCAUCAUCGGCGCGGCCAAGGAUUAGGAGGAGGGUCAAGGGCGACGGUCAUCUUCAGCACCUGUUACCGAACUGUAAGGUUCAUAUUUGAAUGCGCGAUUUGAUAUGGCUGCGUUCCGUUUUGCGAUUUUGAUCUAUCGUUACAUUGUGAUGUGUCAAUUCAAAUAUUUUAAGUGUUAGUUUUUUGCUUCUGGACUUUUUCUAUGUAUUGCCAGCGUCGAAAAGUUCUUAUGUGUCUGUUUUUAUUUUUUGUUUGUGUUGAAUACUGUAUCGGUUUCCUUUUUUAAGUGGAUACUACUUAAUUAGCCCACAUUCUCAAUAAUUACUCGUAAUAUUGCAAUUUUUAUUCCAUUUCUCCAUUUUUAUUUUAUUUUACUAUCUGGCAGCUGUGAUUUAGAAUUUUUACAAUUUAAAUACAAGAAUGAAAAGUUUGAGAUUUAUAUUUAGUUUUGAAUUUGGCGCAGCUGUAUUAAGAAAAUUAAGUAUCUAGUAUUAAAAUAUUUAUCUAUCUACUUUUAUAUGUAGAUGUAAUUUAACACGUGGUUUCUAGAUAAGAGGUUUUCAAUUUAAAUACGUAUUUAAUUACGUUCCAAUAUGUUAAAAAAAUAAAUACUCUUACAAUAAUCUGUUGAUAACUGUAAGAGGAACACCGCUUGUCUAGAAAUCUGUUAUGGAAAUCUAAAAAUGACAUUGGGCAUUAUGCGACAAGGAAAGAAUAUUAUGAAUAGAUGGUUUUGAUAGAAAUUUUAAUCGGCAAAAGAUAUAACGAUAGGUACCUUUUUGGCUCGCAUUGCCUAAUGUCACUAACAAAUUAUUCCAUGUUGUGUAUUAAUAUUCUAUUUUUGGUGUUGUCGUGUGUAAUAAUGUACAGUCAACAGCACUUCAUAAACAAAACUGUCAAAUUCCUUCACGCGAUUGUAAUCCUCGUAACAUUAUGAUGAGAGUUUAAAAUCGGUUGCAAAAAUUUGACAUUUUGUGGUAACAAUGUGCUGAUGUAUGUACUUUAAAGUAGUAAGAAUUUAUUGUUUCAUACUUUUGAUUUAAUUUCGGUGUCGUGAUUUAGAAUAUAUAGUUACAUUGUUAAUAUAAACUUGUAUUGCAUUUAUGUAAGUUAUGAAAGGAACGACCGUCGCCCUUAUUUAACGAAAAUACAAUAAUUAGUAAUUAAUUAAUGCUUUACCUAGGCUUGAGUAGUAACUAAACGCGUCCUCUCGUUAAAGUAUAAUCGAUAUUACUAUUAUAUAUGUCGAGUGUUUAACCAACAAGUUCUUAUGGAAUUGUAUCAUUUCACUUUAUAGCUGGAUCAGAACAGACUGUAUGAUUUAUCACCGCUUUUUUGUUUACCGAUUAAUAAGGCCCACUGUUUUUAAAAGAACUACGAUACGCUUCAAUGUUGAGGACAACUGACCAAUAAACUGUCUGUAAACUUGUUACAUGUAGUUUAUUUUUUACAUUUGAGCGUCUGAAAAAAGUGGGCCUUCUUAGCCGAUACUGCUUUUUUCAUAACUACUGUUAAAAAAGAAGAAAAUUUAAUACUUUUUGUAUAUUAAUUAAUUUCAUUCUAAAAUCUGAUUGAACUAUAACGACUUGAGAGUAAUCUAGGUAAUCCUAUUAUUUAACAUAACAUCACCUAGUUUGUAAUCUAUUUAUUUAGGUAUGAUAUUGUUAACAAAGGAGAACUCGCAAAGAUAUAUAAUUAGAUUCAGUCCCUCACAACAGAUGCAUAUUUAAUUAUUUUAAAGUAUGAUAACUAAUCUCAUUGGAGAUGUUUGGGAUAUCUGCCUAUAGCCAGUAUAUAGCUCAAAUCUUCACAAAUGUAUACCAAAUGAGGAAAAUCUAUACUUGUACAGUAUUAAAUAUAACAAUUUUAAACUGUUAUCAUUAUAACGUUACAAUAAUUACUAAUUUAUUUAAAACUACGCUUAAAAGCAAACACAUAGUAACCCUCAAAACCAAAAUUGCUCUUAUGAGCGAGAUAAUUUUUCAAAAAAAUAUAUGUACUGCUCUGAAGAACGAUUUUAUUUUUGCGGUUUACUACGAGUUAAAUUACUUGUAAUAAAUGGCCUCUUGGUCAUUACUUUUUCUAUGCACUAAAACAUGUCAAAUUUAAUUUAUGAUAUAUUUUUAUAGCUUGGAAACUUAUAUGAAUUGAAAAUAUUAUUACAUAUAAAGUUUUGUUACAUGUCGAUAUGGGAUCUGAAAUAAUAAAUGCCAAUUUGCACUUAACCGUUUUUUAUUUACACACUAAAAUACCUGUAUAGUAAACAAUACUUACUCACUAAAUACUUGUUUACCUUGCCACAAGUGUCAAACUAUCUGCAAUGGUCGAGGCUACCUAUAAAUCAAAUUUAUUUAUUAUUUCAGAUGACCCACUUUAAAAAGAAACGCGAUACAAUUACAUUAAAUUUAAAUUUUCUCUCGGUGUAAUUAUUUCAGACACAAAUAUACUGACUGACCAAGCCAGUUGUUUAGUGCCGUCUAAGAAAGCCCACUUUUUUGUAAGCAAAUGCUGAUGAGUUGAAUGGGUAUUUAAAAUACAAUCCUAUUUUCUUAAAAUAACUAAUAUGUAUAUACAGGAAUAAUUUAAAACCACUGCGAAGAUUUUGUGAAAAUAAACUUUAAGUAAUUUAAAUAAACACGUAUUUUUGAUAUGUUCUAAUACUAAAAAAUAAAGUUAUCGCUUAUCAAAGAUCGAGAUUUUAAAACUUAAUUUAUGGAUACCGCGCGCCGUGCGUCAGCUGAGCGCCCGCUCGACGCCGUAGGCAUGUACUCAUAGGUAGGUACCUAGCUACACGGGUCACUGAACGCUCAUUUUGUUAGAUUCGAACUAGAUUUUAUGCCAUGAUCUGAGGUGAUUUCUAAGAGUAAUUCCAAUUUUCCCUUCAUACUUUUAUGGUUAAGGCCAUCAAAAUGCAAAAAAAUAAAAGAGAAACAAAUUCGUUACCUAAAAAAAAAUAUUUACGUUAUGCCGAAGUUACAUAGGUACUUCUGCGUUAAGGCGUAUUUAAAAAAAUUAGAAUCAACUACGUAUUUACAAUAAUGUUGAAUCAAAACAAAUACCUAACUAAUUUUACUUACCAUGUAUUUUAAUAUUUGUUCAAAAUGAAGUCCACGUCUGUCCAGACAUAAACGUGCACAUUUCAUUAAAUUGACAUUUAAUUUGUUUAAAACACUAGUCUCACUUUUCACUUCACUGAAAGCGUUAUUAUUUUUUAUUGUUAAGUCUUCUAGACUUUGUGCCUCCUCUACAUCUCGGCGUUUGACUUCUUCCCAUAAGAAACAGUCCCUCACUUGUGAACAAUGCCUCAUCCGUCUACAAGAUGUUUGCAUUGCGGUGAUGUAGAAGCCACUCACAUAAGGCUCGACGUGGUACUGGGUCUAGGUCAUGGAACUGCUGAACCGGCUGAAAGUGGUACGGAUGGAGUCCGGCUGUUUUUAGCAGCUUCAAUACCGCAGGCUGGUUCACACCAAAGAGAUAUGCCGCAUCGUGAGUACUGACUCUAGGACUUCGUCUGUUAAAAUGGUUCGUCGAAGCAUUAGGGACCGCGGGGUUACGGAUCCCAAAGGCCGCAUACAAGGUAUGCUCUUCGUCGCAUACUUUCUCCGAAUUGCGCUUAUGUAGGUUCUCACCACUCAGAAGAUAAACUCGUACCAUCUCGUAAAACUCACGACGGCGGGCGCGUCGCGUGCGCGGGAACGCCAGGACACGUCACAUCGGCGCGUGCGUAUGAGUCUUACUGUCGCGCGCGUCGCUCGGUACCGGCGGGGCGGUGGGGGCUGUGGCGGGGGGCUACCGGACGCGGCGGGGUUACACGGUGGCGUACGCAAGAGAAGACGUUUUCAUUGAAGUUUUAUUUUAAAAAAUGUGUCCAUAUUCUACCGUUUCGAUAGGGAUAAAAAUAUUUAAAAAAAUUUUUUAACUAAUUAUGGAAAAGUGUUCUAUUACUGAUACUGAACCACCAAAAAAAAUUUUUGCACUGGAAAAUAAUAUUCCUGUAUAUUUUAGUUGUUUUUUAGCACUAAGGCUUUGAAAAAUAUUUGCGUUCUUAAACGGUACUUAAUUUGAACAAAUCAUCACACACCUUAAGAAAUGUACGAGUUUAAUAUAAAUAGUUACAUAUAAUACAUCACUAUGAAUUGCCGCUCGCAGUCUCGCAAUUAUUGAGACCUAUUAUGAGGUGUAAUAUUAUUAAAUGCCAGGACUCGGUGGAGUUGAUAAAAGUAUACUGAACAACUUUUACUACGGGAGCAUCACUGAGUUCACGAACAAAUAAAUCGACUGUUUCAUACAAAAUUGUAAUACCUACAAUCGCCAACAGUAUGAAACAGCUGAUUAAUUUUUCGUGAAUUCAGUGUUGCUCCCAUAGUAGAAUUUAUUCAAUAUGAUUAACUCAUACACUACACGAAGUACUGACACAUACUUUAUAUUUACAGCAGUACAAAAAUAUUAGUAGUUAUAAUAUUGUUUGUUUAGGUUUGUUUUAAAUCUAUUCGAUUUUAACAGAUAGUGUUUCGUUAAUAAUCUAUUGUUAAUAUUAUAUUAUAACAAUUAAUUGGUCCAAUUGUUUCAUUAUUUUGUUGUGAAUAUGUUGUGAAUUUUCAGUAGAUGUUAAGAAACCAAUAAAAUAAUAUUGCGUAAUAUU